UUGAUGCGAGAACACAUCCCUAUCAACAUAUCUAACUGGAAGAAAGUGAGUCCAGAUCUCAAAACACUUCUCUGGAGAUCUGUUCAGGCAAGGUUUGAGCUUGAUGAAGAUUGGCAAAGGAUAUCUGUGAUUCACCAGAUGGGACAUUUGUGGCGAUCACACAAGUCUGUCACGGUGAAGGCUAUAAAUUUGGCUGCAAAUAACCAAGAGAGGAUGAAUUUGAGACCACCAAAUAUUGGUCCUGUUGAUUGGCAAAAAUUUGUCAAACUCAAAACUAGUGCUGCAUUUAAGGCCGUGAGUGAGAAAUAUAAAGCAAAAAGAAAGAAUCAGAUACCUCACACCACUAGUCGUAAAGGGAUCAGCAGACUAACAGAAGAAAUGAAAGCUGAAAGUGAAGAUCCUUCCAGCGUGACAAGACUAGAUGUUUGGAUCAAGUCUCGCACCAAAAAGGAUGGUACACCAGUAGAUACGAAUGCAGCUGAUUUGAUUCAAAAAGCAGCUGAAAUUGGUGGAAGUGAUGCUCCAGCAUUUUUAACAAAUCCAGAUGAAGAUCACCUCGCCAAGCUUUUAGGACCUGACAAUUCUGGUAGGCUGAGGGCAAUGGGUAGAGGCAUGAGUAAGACCAAAUUAGCUUGUUUACAAAUGCAGAGCAAGUGUAUGGCUGAAAUGGAAGAGCGGCAAGUAAAAUUAGUAAAACAGGUCAAUGCCUUGGAAAGUGAACUUGGCAGAAUCAAGAAUCAGAGACCAGAAGCUAAAAUGGAUGAAAACUCAGCUGCAAGAGUAACAUAUUCUUAAUUCUUUUCAUAUCAGCUAAGUGAUUCUUCUUA